AUGGCUCAGAGAGUACUAGUAAAACUAGAUGUGUUGAAGCGAUAUGAGAAGAAAAAACUGAGCAAAUAUGACAUGGUGGAGUGUCAGAAUCUUGGGAAAGUACAAUUAAAACCCUAUCACAGAACUCCAUUGACAUUUGAUUUUAAAUUGUUUUAUGAACCUACAACUAAGAAAUCAAGUAUUCCAGCAAUUCCGUCUUUACAUAAUUCAUACAUUAUAGAAAAGGAGCAGAAUUCAACUAUGCCGUCUGAAAGCUGGGAUAUUCCUAGUACUUCAAGCUCUGCAUUAUCAACACACUUCUCUAGGAAUAUUUAUUCUGGCAAAUCUGCUGUGAGGCCAUCUAGCGCUCCAAGUUAUCUGAAAUCUAACUUGAAGACUGCAGAUGGAAGCUUCUUAAUCCUGAAACAAAAAUUAAAGCAAAAAAAUGCUUAUUCCACCUCAGAAGUUCAGAAAAUACCAGAAACAUUAUCAGAUUUGAAUUUGUUGCCUGCAAGAACCUGUAUUAAAUGGGAUGGAGAGACAUCUGUCAGAGAGACAAAAGAUGACAUUAUAAAUCAAUCUGAGGCCAGAAGGGAACCUACUCAAGAUCUGAGAAUGGAAAAUAAAUUCAUAGUUGGUACAAGUGAGCAUUUGCGAUCAAUUGGCCAGGAUGAAAGGAAAGUCAAUCUUCCCAAAGAUUAUUUAAUUAAUGAUGGACAAAACAUUGAGGCUGGCUUUAUCUAUGACAACAAAAGUGGUUUUAAAAAGAAGGAAAUGCCUCUCCUGCCUCUGAGCAUUAUGGAUGAACUAGAAAAUUCAAAUGGCAAAACAAUCAGUGUUAGAUGUACACAAGCAGAAUCACAAAAUCAAAUGAAAAUGAGUGAAUCCUUUCCUAUCGUUUGUCAUGAAAGAAGCAGGGGGAACUUUGCUUGGAAUCAAUGGCUUUUGUUAUAUGGAAAGAAGACACUUGAUUAUUUGAAUCAGGAUAAUGAAGCAUGUAUGGACCUGAAUCCAGUUCUACAAAAUAAUUAUGAUGAAUCCAUUGCAAUAAUCAAAAGUAAAACAUAUCCUCAUUCUAGUCUGACAGCAAAAAGAAAGAAAAAACCCACUAUUACUAGGAAAUCAAAACCCAUUACCAUUCAGAUUUUAUCUUUGGAAAGGCAGUUAAGUAAACUUUCUGUAAAUUCUCAGAAAGGGACAUCUUUGGUUCAGAAAACCCACGGGCAUUUCACGAAAAGAAUUACCAGGCAUGUUGUAACCGAGAAAACUAUUCUUCAAAAUAUGUCCCAGCGUAACAAAGACAUUCUUAUGGCAGAUGGAAAAAAACCUACAGGUUUUGUGGAACCCAGUCUCUCAACUGUCUCAAGAAUAAAAUCCUCACUUGCAGAGUUUUUGAAAAAACCACUGACUAAAAGUAAAGAAAGGUUUAAAAAGAGUAAAGCAAUUGUCGAUUACAUACCCUUCCCAAAACCAAUUCCAGUUUGUGAGGCUCCAGAGGGGUUGGUUGGCUGUAAAGUGCCCCUUUUAAUGGAUUGUACCUUGAGAAAGCCCAGUGACAAACUAUCAGCUGAUAGAAGCAGCUCUGACCAGGAUCCCUUCUUAAAUGAAACUACAGCUGACAUGGAACUCAGAGCCCAGGAUCUGGAGUCUUCAUUGAGAAAAAGUGGAGAGACAUCUAGCGAGACGACAAAUUCAUCCUUCCUGCUAGACUUAAAUAACGAAAGCCUGGAGUCUGAGAAAUCAGCCAUAUAUUCAAAAGAUAAGAGCAGUGGAGACCCUUCUACUGUGAUAAGUAUACCAACAGCAUCACCUGUUACUUCAGAAUCUCCAUCCCUUUCAAGGCCUGGAACAAGCAGCAGUGGCAAAACAACAUAG